CUCUUGGUGGACGUUCCAGAUAGUCCUAUCACCCGCCACGAACUAAGCGCCACUGGCCCUUUCGAAACGAGUCUCUACGUGCGCGCCGUUCUACGAAACGGUGAAAUGGAACCUGUGGUUAAAGCUGGCCUCGAGGCUUGUUCGUCUUCGUCAACUGGAUAUCUGGACUUUUCCACGGCGAAGCAUACAGGAACUGGACACCACUCGCGCGUUUAUUCUGUCCAGCUGUCGCUAGCUAAGGGCGUGCAGAUUAGGGCGAGUGAUGGCGACGACUCGGACCCUUCGACAGUCCGAGUGGCCGCGAAGAUGGCGAUAGACAAAUCCUCGGCUCGUACGCUCCUGACAAACGAGGCGAAGAUGUACCACAGGUUCCCGAGCUCGCUUUCGGAGUCGUGGAUGGGAUAUAACCUGGUGCCGCCCAUGUUGGAGCCCGUGCCUGCAAGCGCGGUCAUUCCUCAAUUCUACGGGUACUAUGUACCUGCGUGGCGCGGGUGCACGGAGAUUGACGAUAAAGCGAAAGAGAGUCCGAUAUUGCUUAUGGAGGACUGCGGGAGUCCGGUCUCCAAACGCGAUCUGUCUGAGGAUGAAACGAAAGAGAUAUUCUCGAUGUUCUUGCGUCUCCAUCUGGCAGAGUUUAUCCACCUCUCAGCCUACCAACGCAAUAUCGUCUUUCAGCCGGGUCCGCUCACGAUCCCGCCGCACCUCCGCUCCAAGGGCACUCCUAGUUUCCGUGUCAUUGACUUUGGGCGC